UGAUAUAAUUGUCAAAACGGUAAACAAAAAUCGGCGCGAUUUCAAUGCAAUUUUUUUAAAACACAUCAUAUUAUUUUUAAAUAAGAUGGCAUUUCAUAAUAAAACAUUAAAGAUAAUAGCUUCUAAGUUAGGUCUCGGAGAGGAAGAGAAGGUUUUGAAUAAAGCUGCCGAGUUCGAGCGCCUCUUACAAACUAAAUUAACUGGUAAUAUACUAUCAGACACCAGCAAGACUGUGAUCUGUUUGGACUUAGCUGCUGAGAUAUUCGAUGUGGAUUUAGAUCGUAAAUCUGCAAUAAAAUACUCUGGUCUGAAAGGGCCAUCAUACAACAACAAUCGAAAGACAGUUGAGAAUCUUCUAGAUCUAAAGACUGAUAAAUUGACAGUACAGUUUCUAUGUCUAUCGUUACAAUGUACUGGAUUACAGAGCUUAGCAGAGAAAAUACUUCAGGAAUACCAAAAGGAGGCCAAAACGGAAAUAGAUUUAAAUCUGCCACAAUAUGUAUGUAUGGCUGUACAUCAAGCCAGCCGAAUCAACAAAGUCAAGUUGGCGAAAAGCAAAUUGGUUGAAAAAUCAAGAUUAAAACUAUCACAGUGGAGUAAACUGGAUACGGAGUGGACCAAGUUUGUUGAUGAAAAGUUUGAUGCAGUGAAGAGAAAAGUCAGAACCUCGAAAAAUAUACAAAAUAAUGAACAAAUUGAAAAUAUGGAAGUGGACCAAAGACCAGAAGAGAAGUCAUCGGAGCCAAAGAUAGAAGAGUAUGAAGAUUGGAAGAAGCGGAUGCUAGAGGCUGCGUACAGAGAGCUGAGAGAACUUGAGAAGAUAGAGAAAGAUGCUGCGGAUAAGAAAGAUAAUCUGUUUGUAUCUCCAAGACGAUCCCCGAGGAAAACACCACAGAAGUUUUCACCAUACAAGAGCCCCAGAACUUGUGUCCCUACUGGUGGCAUACGACUUCUGUUCCCAAAAGACUUAUGAUUAAACCGGAGUAUGCUUAGUCCAAGUCUGCACAAUCACACUACGUACAUAGCGUUUCCCGUUUCUCAAUAACCAACGUUAGUACUAUAAUGUGAUGGUUUAAGAAUGGAAAACUGAACGCUCCGUGUGUAGUGUGACGAUUCGAACUUGUGGUAAGCGCACAGGUUCGUUACAGUUAUAAAUCUAUCAAUACGUUAUUAUAGUACACUGUUCGAGUUAUUUGAAACAUGUGAAAUGUAUUGAAAUAUCCCAUUUGUAUGCAAUAACAAAUUUAUUAUUUAUUAAUUUUUAACAUCCGACCUGAUUAAAAAUUUAUUAUUCUACUGGUUUAAUUCCAACCCUGGA